AUGAGGCUGUGUUUGAUUUCAUUCGUUCACCAAGGAAGAUAUAUUAUUUGUCCUCUCUUAUCACACCUCCAGCUCAGUAAGGAACCACCUCAGGUCCCCUCGCGAUUACUUCGCCAAACCCUAUCAUCCACUCUCUCUCUCCUCCUGUUCUCCUCGACUCAGGCAUUUGCAGCUCUACCUCCUCAUCCUCUGCCUCCUCGUUGCUUUUGCCCACCAACCCUAAUUUCUUCUGAUGCCGACCCGCUCCUCAAGGGACGCACCCCCGUCCACCGAUUCACCUCCCUCCAGGCCGCCGGAGUCCUAUUCCUAUUCCUCAUCCUAUCCCUCGCUCUCCUCAUCUCCGAGACUACCUCUCUCUUACCUUUUCCGCCGGAUCUCUUCUUUGGCGUCGCCUCCGCACUCUUCUUCCUCCACUACUCCGUCUCCUCCGCCUCUGCCACCGUCCAGAUAUCUGAUCUCCAGGCCAAAUGCGACUCCGUCUCCGCCCGCAUCUCAGCCCUCUCCUCCGUCCUCUGCCUUGUCCUUGCCUGUCAUCCCCGCCUUUUUGUCGCCGACGUUGGCUUGGGGGCUUCCCUCUGCCUCCAGGGUCUCUGGGUCCUGCAGACGGGCCUCUCCCUAUACGUGGAUGCCUUCAUUCCCGAAGGGUGCCACAAGCUGUUGGACGUGGUCAAUGGUGUUGAGGGAUCCACCAAAUGUGAUUUGGAAGACUCCAAGUUGAGGGCUGUUGCAAUUCUCGAUCUGGUGUUCGUCGUUCACGUAUUGUUUGUGCUCGUCAUUGUCAUGGUCACUUACGCUGCCGUUGCCAAGACCGUCGGGAUCAAGAGAUUUGGUUCUUACGAGGCCUUGCCCACUGGAGCCUCUGCUGAUACUAAUCACAUCCAGAUGAAGGCUAUGACGGGUACCCAGGCCUGAUGAUUACAUCUCUGGGAAUUCAGGUUAUGUGCUGCAGAACUUCCUUGAAACUUCUAGUCUGUGAUUUUCUGAUUCUUGUUAUCAUCGCUUUCAUGAUGCUAAGAUGUAUCAUAAUCCAUGGACUAUUGGCAAAAGAUG